UAAAGACGUGCAGUAGUGGCAAUGAACAGUUCUGAAUAAUAAGUCAAGGGCCUACAUCCUUCGCCCCCAAAGAUAUAGUGGAUGGUAGUCAGAUAAACUGGAAUAAAGUAUGUUCCUCCGCUUCUACCCACACAGAAACAUUCAACAACAUCCAGCUACAGAAUCCAAGAGAAACAAGCACUCUCGUACGAGCCCAGAGAAACAGCGUACCUCGACACAGAGCAGAAUCACAAAAAACCAUCAGCCCAUCCAUCCACCAAAACCCACCCAACGUUCCAGACGUGGUCGCAAGGCCACUAGCGCGGAUGUUAACCUGAUUAGAGUAUCUUGUCCGGGCCCCGGAGGGAUCCACGGGUUGCGAGAGUGUCAUCAAAUCCUUGGCCGCAGGCCCGCAAAGGGGGAUUCUAGUCUAGUACUACGAGUGAAAAUCAAUUUCGAAUCGGUCUUGGCGGACGGACCCACUCCGCAGCACCCACCGUCCGGCUUGAAGCCCUAUCUAAUUAACUCCGCCGUGCUCCGUAGCUUGGACAGGAACCUCGAUACGGGAACGGCCACCUACAGCCAACUGGCUAAAUCCUGAGCCCAGAGUUAUUCCAUCUACUAUAGUCGAACAGCUCAUCC